UUCAAGAUGGCGGCCUUACCACAGAAAAAGUACUAUCGUCAAAGAGCGCAUUCUAACCCGAUGGCUGAUCAUACCUUUGACUAUCCAGUAUGUCCGGAUGAUAUGGACUGGUCGUCACACUAUCCUGAGUUACUGUCAACUGAGGCUUCAAAUACAGCAAAUAAUAACGACAGACCAAGAGUAGAGUUUGCUGACAUUGGGUGUGGCUAUGGAGGAUUAUUAGUUCAACUCUCUCCUUUGUUUCCUAAGACCCUCAUGCUUGGCCUUGAAAUAUGCUUUCAGGUCAGUGAUUAUGUCAAUGAUAGAAUCUUGGCUCUCAGACAAAGUCAUCCUGGAGAGUAUCAAAACAUCAGUAUUAUCAGGACAAAUGCAAUGAAAUAUCUACCAAAUUUCUUUAAAAAAGGACAGUUAACAAAGAUGUUUUUUCUAUUUCCUGAUCCUCAUUUUAAACAAAAGAAGCACAAAUGGAGAAUUAUAAGUCAAGGCCUUCUAGCGGAAUAUGCAUAUGUUUUACGAGUUGGGGGAUUAGCUUACUUUAUCACUGAUGUGCAAGAAUUGUAUGACUGGAUGAAAAUGCAUUUUACUCAACAUCCUCUCUUUGAAGAAGUCAGUAAAGAGGAACUGGAUAAUGACAUUGUUGUUGGAAAACUCUAUGAUAGUUCWGAGGAGGGUCAGAAGGUCACUCGCAAUACAGGUAUCAAACUAUUAGGAGUCUAUAGACGAAUUGCUGACCCAGAUAGUUAACAACAAUCAGUUAAAAUGACUUAAAAGACUA